AUGACAAAACUCAACCAUGACCAGCAGUUCCGAGCCCAGUCGACGAGCAACAUAGUCGCCAUCCCAAGCCUGCCGGAUAUCAAGUCUGGAGAUCGCUUUGUUCUGUGGAAGCAUAUCCAGAAAAUAUUCAAGAAUGCGGACUACAUCGCUAACGGCAGCGGUUUGGUCCCCUUUAUGAUAGGCGACGACUAUGAAGAUCUAGUUCCCCAGAGAGUCCUCUAUCAUCCAGGCGUUGUUCUCGAUGUUGAGAUGAAAGAUGUCGACCAAGAAGCCAUCACUUCGCUAAAGGCUACUUCUUGCAGUAGCACCACCGCCAUUGUCCCUGACGCGAGUUCAUCGUCUGGAUCGUCGCUGGUGGUGCAAAUCACAGACCUCACCAUAGCAACCGAGAAGGCGUCGAGAAGGAGUAUUAUCGCCCAGUCUGCCGAGCAGGCGGCCAUAGCCCAGCAAAAUACUCAGGAAUACCUCCGGCUCUACACUUCAUACAUCGAGGCCAAUGUCUCUGGCCAGUCCAUCCAGGCUGCAAGCAUCAAGAGCGCAAUGCAGGAACGCUUCGGUCUCUGGGACCCGCAGGUCCUGCAGCAGGCCCUCGAUCGUCAAGCCGUUCUCCAAAGCCAAGUGCGGCGCUUCGCAUCCAGACAUACGAGCUCCACCAGUACCCAAUACCUCGACUGUUUAUCGUUCUACCGAAAUCAAAGCGGCGCAGAGACAAGCUCUUCAAACCAUUCGCAAAGCAGUUCCGGCUGUUCUUCCUGUGCGAGUGCGAUACAUCUGGCCAAGCACGAGGGAUAUGAUAUCGACCAGCCCAACGACUUCUUCGAGAGAUACGGAUCCCAUGUUCUGACGGUCAUGAAGCUGCUCAAGCACGGCUGCACUAUCGUCGGUCGUGCUGUACCGCCCUUGGCGUGCUUAAACUUAGCCGAGGGAGUCGAGACUAUCAGGAGGAGCGUUGAGGUCGGGGUGUAUGGCAUCGAGACCCUGGUAGGUAAUGCGAUCAAGUACAUCGAGGAUUUGCAGGACCGCAGCGGAGGGCUUCACACAUCACCUGGAACGAUGGACCUGAAUGCGAUCGAGGCGUUGGAGGGAGCGGAUCUGAGGCAGCUCGAGUCGUUUCUGCGCGCCAGUGACAAGGGUCGCGAUCUUGGUAAUCUAUUCCAGGUCGUUACGCCUAAAGGUCACAUCAAAUGGGUGUGCUCGGACCACUUCCGCGACAGCUACCGAGAGUUUACAAAACAGCAAUUCAAGGAUAUUGUCGAGGCAAAUCGAGGGUCUUAUGCCAUUGAAAGAGACUAUGUUGACAUCACUCUUGAGACCAAUAUCGUCGCACAGCAAUUUUACGAGGCGCUGAUCAAGGCUCGUGGGGUACGAUCUCUGACUGUUACUAUGAACUGGGAUGUUAGCCUGGACGACCUCCGGAUGUUUGAGGCUGCCAUUCGCAAGACCAACGUUGUCGACCUAAUAAUACGGGGACUAAGGAACAGGAAGUCGCUAGUGGAUAUCUUCAAUCGUGGCCGUCAAUAUGACCCUCUUCUCCAGUGCAUGGCCAAUGGAAAGAUCCAACAAAUUAAGAUCUACGCAGAUGACAACUUUUAUCAACACACCAACAGCUCCUCUUUUACGACGGCACCUCAACUACGUACACUGAGUAUCUUUUCUGCUGCAGCACCACCAGGGAAACAGUUGCCAGGGUCUGUACUGUUCGGCAACCUCAAACGCUGUCCUUCAUUGUUGGAACUCGAUAUCACGACUGACGACAUACAUAAUACAUUUGAGGACCUCAGGAGUAAAGCAUCCCAGUGUUUGAGCCUCAAGAAGUUGGUUCUGUAUAAGGGAUUUUUUACUAUUCUCACUGCUGAAUUCUGUUAUGGCGUGAUUCGAACUGCUGAGCUUAGAACUGGUUAUCUUGAAGAUAUCUCGUCAAAUGAGCGCAGUAUAUUUCGCGAGGGUUACCUGACAGGACUGAGCGUUCGAGGUAUCAGGACAGAGGAUGAUGAGGUCCAACUGAUGGAUAUCAUGCGCCGAAACCCCAAGCUCUCUACCAUUACAACUGAAUGCGCACUUAAACGCAUGUGUGCCAUCCUCGAUGCAUUCACUGAUACGAGAAAGGCUAUUCUUGCGGAAGGAGGAUCCUCAGUAAUCCGUCGUGUCAACCUGAAGUGGGCAGACUAG